UGAGAUUAAAGAUGGCGAUUUGCUUGUUGUGUUUGAAUUGCUUAUAGGCAGUUCAUAAUUUUGUUAAAACGCAUUGGUUAUCAGAUGAUUAAAUUAUUCACAUUUUUAAGACGUUUCUUCAAAGUAUAGCAUUUACGUUAGAAGCACACUGGAAGGAUAAACAAGUAUGUCCCAUAUGUACCUCCUAUUUCAAGAUCUAGAGAAAUCUGGAAAUGAAGAUAAGAUUAAAAUACUGCAGUCUUUGGGUCAUCUACUGUCUUCUAAUUUUGAAAUGAAAGAUGAAUUUCACAAACUAGGAGGUGUUUCAGUCAUUCUAAAAUAUUUAGAUAAAGAUGACUGGAAGAUUGCUGGAAAUGCAUUUCACAUUCUUGGAUUCUCUAUAUUGCAACGUAAAGAACUUCAGAUGCAAUUAACCACACAGCAUAUGUUCAAAACAAUACUAAAACAUUUGGAACAAGGCACAGUCAACCACAAACGAGGGUCCAUGUUUCUUAUAGCAAGCAUUGUAGAAGGAAAUGUUCCAGGCCAGAUCUUAGCUCGAGAAUCAGGAUGCUUGUACCAAUUGAUAUGGCUGUUUCAUGAAGUCAUUCAACAAAAUACUAAAGAAGAAGAAAAGUCACAAUGUUUGUACUUCCUGUGUACUGCUAUUAAGAUGUGUGUUCAUAACCCACAAAACUGCGAAAAUCAGCAUCAGACAAGUCUUAUUAUACCAAAGGCUAUAACUUUCCUUGACAACUGGUUUCAUGAGGCAUUCAACUCAUACUUGACAGAAUGUGUAGAUACAAUGGUGCCCAUGUUGGUCAAUAUAAUCUUGGACAAUCCAACCAACCAACUCAGUUUUUCCACCUAUUCAGGAAUACAAACAUUGGUCAUAGGACUGAAUACAUUGGAAAGUUGGCAGGAGGCACCACUUAAUAUAGAAACUGUUAAGGUGAAAAUUAUCUGCUUAUUGGAUGCUGCCAUUUGUGGCAACAUUGUUAACAGCGAACAAGCUACAGUGCUGGGUGUAAUUCCUCUCUUAUUAAAAAUGUUACAGAAUUUUACAGAUCAGCAUAAAUUCAGCCUCCUGCUUGCAUUAACCCACUUGGUAGAGAAUUCUCCAAAGAGCAAGGAAGAAUUUUUACAAGCAAAUGGGAUUACUGCUGUGGUGGUUGCAACUGUGAAUCUCAACACAGAUUCACAGAUUACAGUUGCUGCUAAUUGUCUUUUGAAAUUAUGUGCAACAAAUGUUUUGAGAGAUAAAUAUAAUUACUCUCCAGACAGUCCACAAAGAAACAUAAAUCAUCAUGAAACUGGUAUCAAUAUAUGUAAUAUAGAAGGAAAAAAACAGUCAAGAACUCAAGAGCUGGCAUUUGUAGAUGUUAAUUCUAACAAAGAAAGUAACGUUAAUAAUGAUAUAUUUGAUGACAAAUCACAAAGAAGAAUAUGUCAGUAUGAAAUCAUUAAUGACCAAAACAAUAACAUGCAAAGAGAAAACCAGUUAGUAACUGAUGAAAUUAGUGCAGAUUACCUCAGUUCUACAAAACAAUUCUGCUUUAUUAAUGAAGGCAACCCAACAAAACAUAUGAACAAGGCAGUGCAAACUUGUGACCUUGUUAGGUCAAACUUAGAUUCCUGCUUUUCACUUAAUCACAAUGAACAGAAGAUUCUGCCAAAACAAAAGAGACAAUCUUGUGCAAAUGAUGACACUCAAGGCCACAGCAGAGCAUGUUACAAUAAUCCACGCACACAAAACAAUAAGACUGCAAUGCAAGUAGGCAGAGAUAUAAAUGACAGACAUUUGACUAAAGAUAAAUCUGAUAUCUGUAGAGUGUUGCACAAUCAGCAUCAAGACAGGCACAUACAAGAGACAUCUGAGAUUGUGUCCACCUACAGUACAACAAAAAAUCUUAAGAAUUACAAAAUUCCACUGCAGAAAAGCCAUAAGCCUCACGAAGAUACACAGUCAAAAACAUAUCAGCAACAUGAUACUCCCAAAAAAAUGGAAAUCCACUCCAGUCAGCACCAUGAGACAUGUAGAUCUAUACCAUGGGCAUCUGAAGAAGUAUGUACCUGUGACAGUACAAAAAAGCCAAUGAAUUAUUUUCAUCAAGAUUGCAGGCUUCCACUUCAGGAAAUCCAUAGUUCUCAAGAACUAUUACAAACUAUUCCACAACAGUACACUUCCAGAACAAGAGAAAUUCACCUAAAUGAAGUAAACUACCCAGUUAACACUUUCCAGAAUCCAGGGGUAUGUAGUUCAAACUCAAGGAAACCAUCCAGUAUGUAUUAUUCUCUUCCUUAUCCAAAAAUUUCUCAUAAUACAUGUCAAAAGGAAAUAAACCAGCAACAACAUACUUCCAACACAAAGGAAUUUCAUCACAGUGAAGUAAACAGUUCAGUGAACAGGUUCCUGAAUCCCCUGAUAUAUACACCAAAUACAAGCAAACCAUUCAGUACACCUUAUUCUUUAUCUCGUCUAAAAAUGCCUAAUACACAAUGGAAGGACAUAAACUGGCAACAGUGUACUUCUAACACAAAAGAAUGUCACUCUGUAGAAUUAAAUGAUUCACUAGAUACUUUCAAGUUUCCAGUGCUACAUACUCCAAGUAUCAACAAAUCAUCCAAUGAAGAUUAUGGUGUUUCUCACAACACAUGCAAGGCAGAAAUAAACCAGAAGCAGUGUGCUUCCAAAGUAAAGAAAAUUAAUCCCAAUGAAGUAAACACAAGCAAUACACAGUACUGUCUUUCUCAUUCCAAAAUAUCUUGUAACACAUGUCACAGAGAAAUAAAGCAGCAACAAAUUACCUCUAAUCCAAAUGAAGUAAAUGAUUCAUUUAAAAUUCUGAAUCCAUCACUACACACUUCAAAUAGAAGCAAACCACCCAAAGCACACUACUCUUCUGACAUGUUUCACAGGGAAGAGAAACAAGAAGCAAGCAAUGUAUUACAGAAUUUUGCCAACAGUAUCCCAAGUGUUGAGAAAUCAUUAAGAUGUUUAUCAUAUACAAUUCACACUCCAGUCAAUAUGGCAAAAAGAUACCUGAGAGAGAAAUUUUUCAGGAAUAGCAGGACACAAGUAAAUAAUACAGACAUAAAUAAAACAGGACAGGAAUUCAAGACAGUUGUACAUAUUGAAGAGGAAGAUACAUUACAAGGAGAGUUAGAAGUCCAAAAAUCCCAAAAUAUGAAAGUAGAUAAAAUUACUCCUAUGAUGGAGAACACAAAUUACAGAAGUCCACAAAAUGAGAAAGGUAUUCCAAGCCCAAUAAUAAAUCAAGAUAAAGAAGUUAAUGCAUCAACUGAACAAUUACAAUCCCCUUGGUUAAGCAGUGUUAAUUCUUCUAUACAAAGAGAACCAGAAAAUAAGCUGACGAAAAGUAUAUGCACACCUGUUAGUACUCCAGUUACACCAUGCAGUUUGACUUCACAUACAAAAAAUUCAGUACGGCAUAGACAUAAGAAUUUACAAUCUCAUCAGUUCCAUAUGUUAAGGUAUUCAGAGGAAGAACUCAACAAUCUUGUAGCAGGAGUUGCAAAGUAUGGACUGGAUUUCAAGGCAAUUCGCAGGGCUUAUUGUUUCAAUAGGAAGAGAACACCCAAGGAUCUCUAUCUUAAGUGGAGGAGUACAUUUAUCAUUUCAGACACAGGCUUCAAGUUUCACAGAUGUCAGGAAGUGGUCACCCAAGACAACCUUCUGAGCAUAAACUGAAUGCUGAUACAGAUGUUUUAUAAUAAAAACUUGUUUCAAGUAAUGUCAUAAACUACACAGUAAUCAUACUUGCAUAGUGUAGCAGUGUUAAGACAUGGCUGUGGUGCAGUGAAAUAUAUAUCUUAAUAAAAGCUUAUGGAAUGUAAAUAAAAACUGUGCUUUGGUAUUAUGAAAGUAAUCACUUAACCAUACUGGAGUAAUAUUAAGUAUAAAAUACAAAUUUUUUAUUAAUA